CAAACCAUAAAAAUUUAUUAAAGAGAGGAAGAAUUUACAAUGGGAAGAUAACACCCUAAAAGAGGGCUUAGAAGCAAAAGCAAAAGCCAACAGACAUGGCCAAAACAUAGGAAGAACAUUUACAAUGCAAAUAUAUAGCAGUUUUUCAUUUAUGGCAGACCAAUGCAAUAAAUUUUGAAAGAUUCAGUUGUCCAAUUGUUUUUGGUCUAAGAUCAUUGAACUAUAUGCAAUUCAUUGUAUGAAAUAAGCAUCCAUGUGAUCAUGGGAUCAUUUAUUCUGAGAUUUUCAAAGUCUUUUCAUGAUCAGUUUAACUUACACUUCAUAUAAGGAGUUCUUUUGAGCAUGAAUUACUUACUUCUGUGCAUAUUUGUCUGAUCAGGAUUGAGAAGAUAGUGAGGCAAUGUUCUCCAACUUCCUCUCCAUCUCAAUGGCUGUUGAACCUCCAUUUUUCGAGAAAUACAAGGCCAUCUUCCAGAGCUCUGCUGAAAAGGAGAAAUUUCCCAUGGUUGAAGUCUGUGAGGAAUUUGAGCUGCCUCUGAUUGAUCUCAGUGGUUUGAAUCUUGGACCAUUUGAGAGGCAAAAGUGCAUAGAACAGAUGGCUGAAGCUGCUAGUGAAUGGGGCUUCUUUCAAAUUGUGAAUCAUGGGAUUCCUGAAGAGCUUCUAGACAGGUUGAAGAGUGAGCAGAUGAAGGUGUUUCACCGGCCUUUUGACAAGAAGGCUGGGAAGAACUUUCUGAAUUUAUCAGCUCAAAGCUAUCGAUGGGGGAACCCUCUGGCUACUAGCUUGAGGAACCUCUCUUGGUCAGAAGCAUUGCAUAUAUCCCUCAAAGAUAUUUCGAGAAUGGAUGAAAGCAAUAAGCUCAGGUUAACCAUUGAAGAGUAUGCAACAAAAACUAAUUUACUGGCUCAAAGAUUAGCUGAAUGUUUAGCUCAAAAUUUGGGUAUCAAACCAAAUUAUUUCCAAGAGAACUGUUCACCGAGCUCUAGUUCUAUUCGAAUGAAUAGAUAUCCUCCUUGUCCAUACUCUUCCAGGAUGUUUGGCAUUAUCCCUCACACUGAUACCGAUUUCCUCACCAUUUUAUCCCAAGACCUGGUAGGGGGAUUGCAACUGAAGAGAGAUGGAAGAUGGGUUAACAUUAAACCCAAUCCAAAAGCCCUAGUUAUCAACAUUGGUGACUUGUUUCAGGCAUUGAGCAAUGGCAUGUACGAGAGCAUUACUCACCGAGUGGUUGCCAAUCAAGAGGUUGAAAGGUACUCUACGGCAUACUUCUACUGCCCCACCUACGAAACUGUAAUAGAAAGCUGCAGCAAGCCAGCUUUAUACAGAAACUUUAACUUCAGAGAGUAUAGAGAGCAAAUCGGGAAGGAUGUAAAAGCUACUGGGGAUAAAAUGAAAAGAGAAAACUGUCAUUGUCAACAGUAUUAUUUCUUUUUGUCAUGGGGUUUCACUUUUGUGAAUGCUGCCAAGAGCAUUUUGACUUUGGGUAAGGUGAGCACUAGCUGGAACAGGAACUACUUUAUCCAAGUGGUGAAUGACAACAGCCUGCAUGUGGGAGAAGGACAAAGAGUGGAAGCUCCUAGGAUCAGCUUGCCAAAUUGCCAACAGGCCCGGGGUUCCUCCCCUUACCUUACAUUACUAAAGACAAUACGCUGGUUGGUGUUUGCUUUGGGUUAUUCGGGAAGAAAGAGACGGCCUGAAUUUUCAAUCCCAUCUGACCACGAUAAUUUACCUAUUGGACGUUACGCUCCUUGCCCUUGA